AUGGGGCUGACCUGGCCAGGCCUGUGGCUGAAGAGGCUUUGGGUGCUCGUGCAGGUGGCUGUGGAGGUAGCCAUGGGCAAAGUGCUAAUGACACUGUUUCCAGAGAGAAUCAAGAAGAGCAUCCUGGCUAUGGGCGAGAAGACUGGGAUGACCAGGAACCCCCAGUUCAGCCAUGACAACUGGAUCCCGACCUUCUUCAGCACCCAGUAUUUCUGGUUCAUCCUGAAGGUCCGCUGGCAGCGGCUGGAGGAGACAGCGGAGCUUGGCGGGCUGGCCCCAGACUGCUCGGUGGUUUGCCUCUCAGGAGAGAAGCGCACCAUCUGGGACUUCAUGCACGGCAACAGGCCACUGGUACUGAAUUUUGGAAGUUGCACCUGACCUUCGUUUAUGUUCAAAUUUGACCAAUUCAAGAGACUUAUUGAAGACUUCCAUCCCAUAGCAGAUUUUCUCAUCAUUUACAUUGAAGAAGCACAUGCCUCAGAUGGUUGGGCUUUUAAGAACAAUGUGGACAUUAGGCAGCACCAGAACCUCCAGGACCGCAUGCGGGCAGCCCACCUGCUGCUGGCCAAGAGCCCCCAGUGCCCUGUGGUGGUGGACACCAUGCAGAACGAGAGCAGCCAGCUCUAUGCAGCCCUGCCUGAGAGGCUCUAUGUACUUCAGGAAGGCAGGAUCCUCUAUAAGGGUAAAUCUGGUCCUUGGAACUACAAUCCUGAGGAAGUUCGUGGUGUUCUGGAAAAGCUCCAUACUUAA